AAAUUGGUGCGGGCAUCGCCGUCUCUUGUCCUUUUUUUCUGAGUGUCGAGAUCGAGGCGAGGCGGGCGCCGGGCGAGAGAGGGGGGAGAGAGAGGGAAAGAGAGGUGGGGUUUUCUCCAUGAAGGGGUAAGGGUCCUCCCCUCCCCUGCUCUCCGCUUGUGAAAGAGGCCGAAAGAUAGAGAGACCGAGGAGCCGUGGGCGAGAAGCGAUCGGAGAACCAUUCGCCGGCCGACGCGCCCAUGGACGCCUCUCCGGAAUCUUCGCCGUCUCUGGAUGCGUACCCCGACGUCGAUCCUUUCCUCAAAGAGGCUAUCCAAAACCCUAGGCAUCGACUCACAGUGCUGCGAAUGGAGCUUGACAUUCAGAGGUUUAUGCAAAACACUGAACAGCAUCAGUUUGAGUUUCAGCAUUUCCCAACAUCUUAUCUUCGUCUUGCUGCUCACCGUGUUGCUCAGCACUAUGGCCUUCAGUCUAUGGUUGUGGAUGCAGAUGGUUAUGGUGGGAAAAUAGUGGUGAAGAAGACACCUGAAAGCAAAUUUCCAUCCACAUGUCUUUCACAAAUUCCUGCAAAUGUGCCAGAGAAUGAGAAGGCUGAGCAUGUAAAGAUUGUUAUAAGACCAAGACCUCAGAAGUCUUCUCCUAGUGAUGCAUCUGAUUCAAACAUCAACACAAGUCCCGUCAGAAGUGUGGAAGAGAGGAAGGAGGAGUAUGAUAAAGCUCGCGCACGUAUCUUUAGUAGCUCUAGUGUUGGUGAUUUGGAUAAUUCGGCAUCUCAGUUGGCAAUUGAUGGUAGGAGUUCGUGUUCUAGUGCGGAUGAAAAUGAGAGCUGCAGAAGCUCCACGGAUGACCUAGAGAAAUCCAUCAGUAACAAAGAUGCUAACGGUAGAGUUGCCAUUUUUAGGGAUCGAGAAAAAGAUAGGUUUGACCCUGAUUAUGAUCGUAGUUAUCACAGGUACUCUAAGGGUCUUCUUCAUGGCCAGGCUUUUAGCCUGGAUCCAUUUAAUGUGCAAAACUUCCAACCUGCAUUUCUGUACGACAAUGAGCUUCCACAAAUGGGUCAGGUGCCAAGGAACCAGUCUCCCAUAAGCUACAUGGGUACCAAUCCUGUUAUGAACCAUUUUGGAGCAGCCAAUCUAAACCAGGCAUCUUGUGAUCCUGUCUAUAUGCAUUGGCCAAGUCCCACGAUGAUGUAUGCACAUUCAUAUGAACAUUUCAGGCAAUCCGUUCAGAAACCUUUCUACCAGCAUCCUUUGAGCUUUGACCAUGGAUACCACCACUAGAGGCGGGGAAGGCUUGUAACAUGUAUCUCUCUAUUUUGGCACAAUUAGUUAGGUACAUUUCAGAUCGCUGAAAUAUUGUGUUGGUUUUUUGUUCUAGUCCUAUUACUUUAACACCCAGUCCCGGCCCUGGGUUAUGAUGGGUAAGACAUUGAUAAAUUCUCAUUAUUCUUUUACUUUUGGUCAUUUUGUUCUUGUUCA